CUAACUAAAGAAGAAAAUCAAAUAGACGUAAAGUUCUUACCUAACAUCGGUAAAUAUGUAAAGCUAGAGAACCCUUCAGCACAUAAUAAUAUUAAGGAUGCAGCAGAAGAAAAGAAUUCUGAGGCUAAUGAAGUAAUAAAUAAAAGUAAAUCAGUAACUUUAAGUUGCAUAAAAGAAAAUGUAAGUUUUAGUACAGAGCAAAAUUAUAAUGCAACUUGUAUAGCUCACACAAAGGUGAAAACUGACAUAGUUAUUUCUAUUUUAGAAUCAAAUGUGAAGCACUUUUUAAAUGUUGAUAUCUACAAACCAGAUAACUCUACUUUAUGUGGUUAUAAAAGAGAUCUGGACAUAAAUUUUCCUACAGAAAAAGGGACAGUGUCUAAUGAGAGCUCUAAACCAGAUGUUACAGGAAAUUUCCUUAUGGACCCAUUAAAUCUAACUCUGAUAACAAGCAAAAAGUGUACCAGUAUUCCUCAAUUAUUAUCACCUGCUACAGUGACAGAUAGUGAGGGAGAAUCUUCCCAAUCUUACUUGGAUAAACAGAGAAUUACUGCUGUAAAUUCUGUUGUAGCAUCCACCAGUGUAUCACACUGUCAGCAAGGAUGUGGUGCAGAGGAGCUUCUACAGACAGAACAAUGCUCUUCAAAUAACUGCUUUCACAUUGACAGGAAUGAAAUAAAUGUUACUGAGAAUUCCGAGUUGGGUCUUCCAUCAAUAACUGAAGAAAGUAUGAGUUAUGGGAAAAAUACAAUGGCACUAUUUCCCAAUGAUAGUUCUUUGCCCUUAAAAGAUAAUAUAAAGAGUUCUUCAAAAAAAUGGAUAGCAAAGAAAGACAUUCAGGACAGAAAAAUGUGGGAAGUUAAACAAGCAGAAAAAGCAAAAGAUUCAAAUCACAAAAAAAGCACCUCUGAAGGAUCAGCUAAGACUGACAACAAAAGUGAAAAGUUUUUAGAAGACUCCUACUUAAGUGAGAAAACAGUUAAAAACAGUUUGAUCGAUUCUCAUCUAAGCAUUAAGAAUACUACUGAGGUAGUCUCUUUGAAUAACACAGUUUCUAAUAAAUUUAACAAAAGAGAAAAAGAGGGGAAAUUUAAAGUUAGUAAAGACUCUCAAUCUGACUGUACGUUACAUUCAGAAACAGCCUAUAAUUCCAGACCAGGCAUUGUAGGGAUGAAUCGUGUGCCUAUUUCACAUGCUCACUCUGAAAUCUCCAAAGUCACUACUCAGAAGCAGCCUACAUCAUACAUGAAUGAAUUAAAAGAAAAACAUUGCUCAGCUAAUCCUUCGGCUCUCAUAGCUAGUAGGCUGGCUCAAAUUUUGAGGAGGGCAGAUGAAGCAUCAUCAUUGCAGAUUCUGCAAGAAGAAACUAAGGUUUGUCAAAAUAUUCUUCCUUUAUUUGUUGAAGCUUUUGAAAGAAAGCAAGAAUGUUCACUUGAACAAAUCUUGAUUUCAAGAGAGCUAUUGGUAGAACAAAAACUGUGGAAUAAUUACAAACACAAAUUAAAACCAUGUGCUCUUGACUCCUUGGUGGAACUCCAAAUGGUGAUGGAAACUAUUCAAUUCAUUGAAAACAAAAAAAGGCUCUUAGGAGGUGACCCAACGUUCAGAAGCUUGCUUUGGUACGAUGAGACAUUGUACAGUGAGCUGCUUGGCGGGCCACGUGGAUUUCAACAACAAUCCAAUUUCUAUCCUGCUUUUCAAGGAAGAUUGAAAUACAAUGCUUUCUGUGAGUUGCAGAACUAUCAUGAUCAAUUAAUUGAAUUGUUUGAAGAAACCAAAAGGGGAAAAAAUUCAUACUACAAAUUCUUAAAAUACAAACGACAGAUUAAUGAGUGUGAAGCAAUAAUGAAGCAGUGUUCUGAUUGCUUUGACUUUUCUCUUUCUGUUCCAUUUGCCUGUGGAGUUAACUUUGGAGAUAGUUUAGGAGACCUAGAAAUCUUAAGAAAAAGUACUUUAAAGCUGAUCAGUGUGUAUGGAGACUCUCCUAAAGUGGAUUCAUAUCCAGAAAAACAAGACCAUCUGUGGAUUAUCAUAGAAAUGAUCACCUCAAAAGUUAAUUUUAUCAAGAGCAAUGAGGCAAUAAAUAUUAAAAUAUCUCUUUAUGGUCUGGAACAUAUCUUUUUUGAUGCUGCAAAAAGUCUUGUUUGGAAAGAAAAGAGACAAUGUUUCAGUAGGAAACACUCAGGAAAGAAGAACAAAGAAAUGCUACUGAAAAUGAAUCAAUAUGCUUUUUCUAAGUUGGAGGAGAUAAAUGAUACAUUGUCUAAGGAUUUCAGCAGUGAACAAAUUCCCAGUAUUGGGCUUGAGAAUACUCUGAUUGCUUCCAGAAAGUCAGAUGGUCUAAUAAACAAAGCAAUGAUUAACAUAGAAAACUGUAUGUUUAACAGUACUUUGCCUUCACACCCAGAUAUCUGUUGUAUUAAUGAAAUUUUGCAUCAGGCUGAACUUGCAGACUUAAAAAAAUUACAGGAACUCACUUUGAGAUGUACCAAUCACUUAGAAAUUUUAAAAAAAUGGUUUCAGGUGCUGCAAGAAGAUAACAUAGAAAAUAUUUUUAUCACAGAAGAAAAUGUUUUGGAUAUAAAAAACUACAACUAUGGGGCUACAAUUUUAAAACCGGAAGCCAUAGAAACCUACAUUGAAAUUGUCAUGCUCUCAGAAACAGUUCACUUUCUUAAAAACUCAAUGGCAAAGAAACAAGACAAACAGAGGUUUCGAGGUAUGCUUUGGUUUGAUCUGUCACUUCUUCCUGAGCUGCUUCAAUGCCAAGAAAAAAUGGCUUCUUUUUCCUUUGUUAAAGACAAUUCAACAGAUUGCCUUUGGCGAGUGAUAGAGAGUGCUAUUUCUAAACUUAAGAAAGACCUGGAUAUUAUCUACAAAUACAGUGAAGCUGUUAAUUGUUCAUAUGCUCUUCAUUUGCUCUCAAGAGAACUUGAAGAACUUUCAGAAAUAAAAAACCUUAUAAGGAAGUGUGACUAUCCUAUUUCCACAUAUAUUGACUUUGUGCCGUAUAUAGCAUCCCUUAAUUACGGAAGCACUGUAACAGAGUUAGAAUACAACUACAAUCAGUUUUCUACACUGCUCAAAAAUGUAAUGGNAGAUAUGAAGAUAAAGUGUUCAGAAAAUGCUGAAUUAACCAUUUCCUUUAUCCUGUGCCAAAUGAUACACAACAGAAAGAAGGCUCUACAACUGAAGAGAAAAGAAAAAAUGGAUAUUCCCAUAAAACCUACAGAAAGUAUCAAUAAAUCCAGUGCUUGUGUGAAGGUACCCUCAGUUGCAGAGUGGGUAAUGAAAAACAUUUCUGAUUCCUCUAGAAAACGACCUAUCACCUACAACAACUAUGAAGACUCUCAGGAACAAGAGAAAAACACUACAGUUUCCAGCUGUAAAAAACAAAAG